AUGGAAGAUCAAUUAAGAUCUGCAUACCAGAGCAAUGCAAUCAGUUCUUUUUCUUCAUAUGCUGCACAUAACCGUGGCUAUUAUUAUUCAACAAAACACAACGACAGUAUAAGCUUGUUAUCACCAUCAGAUGGAACUGAAAUUACUGCAAGUGCAACAACAGCUGAAACACAUGGUAUACCUAGUAAUGGACGUCGUAUUGAACAGUGUUAUAAAUUAUUAAGUGAUUGUGAUGUUCAAAUGCGUCGCGUACGUCGUGUCAAAAAUAAUAUAGAAAAAAUACAUUUUUUUCGGCGUUGGAAAAAUCAUCAUAUUAAUUUUGACCAAAGUGAAAUAACUUCAACAAAAAAUCAACAAUAUAUGGAUAAGUCAAUAGCUUAUUCAGUCAUUGAAAAUAUAUCUGUAUGGUCGAAAUCCAAAUUAAUUUGUUGGCAUGACCGAUUUGGUAUAAGAAUUGUUACGAAUAAUCAUAAUUAUUUUUUUCGAGUUAAUACACUUGAUUUAAGAGACCAGUUGUUCUAUUCCAUACAAUGGAGACUAAAUAAAUUUAAAUUUGAACAUAUUUUCCGUUCAGCUGAUAAUCCAGAAGAACUAUUAAAAGAAAUUAGGAAUAUGAUCAAUAUAACAAUGACAACACCAAUUGAAGAUAGUGAAAUUCAUCCUUUUGUACUUGACAUUAUUUCUGAAAUUCUGCAACAACAAGAAUUUGAUUCAUCACGUUUGGUCCGUGAGGAUGUGAUUGCAGCACUAUCACCAUUACUUGAAAUAAAUUAUCCAUCACCAGAAAUGUGUGAUUUUUUUAGUCGAAAUUUUAGUGCAUAUCCACGAAUAAAAUUACUGCUUCAAGAAUAUUUUCUUGCGCUUAAUUCUCAGAAUGAUGGUUUACUUGUUGUAGAAGAUUUUAUUAAACGAUUAUUCAAAAAUGUGGUUAAGAAUCUUGUUGAAGAUACACGAUGUGAAGUUCAUCGAACAGUGUUAGGUAUUCGUGAAGGUAAAGACGGAUGGUUUGAAAUGUUUUGUUUGGGUGGUAUUGUUUGUGAUGAUAAUGGUGAAAUGUUUUCAUUAAUGCUUAGUAAAUUAAUUUCAUGUUGUUGUCGUCAAAAAGAUUUUUUAUUAAGUAUUAAUAAAUUAUUACCAUCUUUAAUGUUACUUGCAUUACAUGAAAGUGAAAGUUCAUUAGAUACUUUAUGUGCAAUGCUUGAUUUGGAUGCAGUUGAAAAUCAUGAUAAUAAGUUACAAUUAAUAUCAACACUGGAAUCGACGCCAAGUGGGUUAACAAUGUAUGCAAAAGUAUGUGAAAGACAGAGAGCAUUACAAGCAUUACAACAGAAAGAUGGACCAAGAGACUUAACAUUACCAUCAUGUUGGACUGAUAAUGAUUUCGCAAGCUUAUUAUCAUCAGGUCCAUUUGGUAAUCUUGAAUCUUUAAGCUUAGCAUUUACGAAUGUCACAAGUGCUUGUGCCGAACAUUUAAUUAAAUUACCAGCAUUAAAAUAUAUAAAUUUAUGGUCAACACGAUUUGGUGAUGCUGGUUUAGAAUUAAUUUCCCAACAUUUAAAUCAAUUAGAAGUACUUAAUUUAAGCGAAACAUCAGUGACGGAUAAAGGACUUACUUAUUUAGCAAAGAUGAAAAUGUUACGAAAACUUUAUUUAAAUUCAACAAAUUUAUCUACUUUAGCGAUUCAAGCUUUAAAAGAAGUAGAUCGCAAACUAUUCAUUCAAGAAAUUCUUGACGAAUUAAUUGUAACAUUUGACAAUAUUGAUGGUUUUCAUAAUCGAAUGAUCGCAUCGAUAAGAUUAUCAUUUCAUGCACCCGGAGAAUUUCGAAAAAAGUAUUUAGUUAUUGCUAUAGAAACGCUUGAUCGAAUUGGUGAAGAUAAUGACAAAAUCAAAUUAAUCAUUCAAUUCAAACCAUUAAUUAGUAUUUACGAUGAUCUUUUAAUCAAUCUAAAUGAAAUGAUAGCAAUACUCAAGAAUAAAAUGCAUAAUUAUUUUGUCAAUUUUUAUUGUGGAAAAAUACUAUUUACUGAAAUAUUACAAGGUCCCAAGUCGAACUUAAAUUUAGAUAUGAGUCAAAAUUUAGAAAAUAAGGAUAAUAACGAAGAUAUUCUCGAUCUUUCAAAUUAUACGGGUCUUCAACUUUUAUUUGUAUUGAUUCAUACAUGGAAUUCAAUAAUGCAAACUUUAGCACCAUCUUUACAUCCAUUGUAUAUGGAAAGAUUACUUCAUUCUACAAUGCAUUUAGCAAAACGUUCUCAAAUUACAGAAGAUGAUGGGUUUGAAUUUGCAAGAUUAUUAACAGUGACAGACACAUGA